GGAGGAGGAGGAGGAGGAGGAGGAGGAGGAGGAGGAGGAGGAGGAGGAGGCGGAGGAGGGAAUCCGCGCGGACCUCUGAGUUUUUUUGUUAAUACCGCUUAUCGUUCCCUGAACGAGACACUCGCGCCGCCCCUUUUGGGGCCUCCGGGCUGCGAGGCGUCAGCGCAGCGUCGUCUUGAGAGAGGAAGAUCUGUCAAACUGAUCACGGGCGCAGCGGGAAGGGCAGCUGCUGCCGACAGAGACACGACUGCAGUGCAGUCUGGCUGCCUCCUAGCCACCAGGAGGAGGCAAGAUGGGGGGAAGAUGAGGAGGAACAGCAGCAGCAAGGAGGGCGGCGCGCAGGGAGAAAAAAGGCGCCGGGCCGUCGCCCUCGACGAGAGAUCGGCCGAGAGGAGGCGGGGCCACGCCGCCGGGCGCGCGCCCUGCGCUCGGCGCGAGGAGGGCGCGCGGCGCGGGCCGCGAGAGGCCCGGGGAGCAGCGGCGCCGGCGAGGGCGAGCAAGACGAAGCUACAGGGCGAGGACUAA